AUGAAACUGGGCUAUAAAACAGAACUUUUCACUGUCAAAAAUAAAUUAGAGACAAAGAAUCGUAAAUGUAUUAAGCGGCGACUAGAGCACCGAAAUUUAAGCCCUAAAACUUGGGGUCAGUGUUUUCAAACAUGCAAGGGACAUCUUCAAUUGCCUAUCAACAUUGCCUACUCUGACAUUCAAUACAUCCAAGGACUUGCUCUGGAUUUGCUUGGUUUCGAAGAAACGACUAAUCAAACUUUGCUGUUAUUGAAUAACGGACACACCGCACAUGGGCCAGAUAAUAAUGUUGGAUCAGAAACAUUUUUAAAUAACUUGCAAUAUCCUCUAGAGGAGCAUAUAGUCUUCGCAAACACCCGCUACAAUGAAUUUCUUGAAGCUGCCAAUAGCUCUGAUGGACUUUCUAAUUUAUACCAAGUUGGAAAAUAUGGCUACGCACUGAACCCAAUUAUUGAUAAUCUAAAGUAUAUCAAACAUCGAGCACAAUCAUAUCCGUUUAGCGGUCUAAAGAUUCGUUCCAUCAUUAAUCAAAAUGCUGCAAGCUUUGCAUUUAAUGGAUCUCUAACUACACCACUAUGUACUGAAAAUGUUGCCUGGCAUGUUAUGGCCCACACGUUGGAAUUAUCACAGGCUCAGGCGAGAAUUUCUAUAUGUUAUGGAUUGCCUUACUAG